AUGAAAAACAGGAUUUGUACUGCUGACGUCUUCGGCAGCCCUGCAACGCGACAUGACGUCUGCGAGGCUUGCAAGACGGAGGUAUUACGGUCCGGCUGGCAGCUGAUUCUGGCUGCACCUGCUGAACUCAACCCACUCAAUUCUGACAACGCACUUUCAGCAGCUUUUUUUUGGAAUUAUGUCCUACUUUCGCAUUCGUCUGCAGAAAAACCGGCCUGAAAUCGAGUCUUGCCAAGAAUCAGAGCAUGUGAAUGUGAGCCUUAUACCUAGAAUGUUGUCGGGAAAGCUUCGUCGAUUUCAAUGAUUCAGGAUUUCGUUUUCAGAAACUUCGCGUUCAGAGGAUUGACGUGUCUUGGAUCAGCCUUUGUGAAUGUUCGCAGGAAGUCGUAACGAAAGGAAUCUUUUAACCUUCCCGUGUCUUUCAAUUAUGUUUUAUUCUUAGAAAAUUCUGUAAAAGUAAAAUAAAUGCCUUUCUUGUCUCUCACAUGAGAAUGUACAGAAAUGCGGAGAGGUUUUCCUAAUAGAACUUGUACAUUCAACCUACGGAGGGCCGCUGUUUUCAAGGGUUAAAGAGUUCUGCAGCUCAAAAAGAGCCGCUCAACGAGUUGGCUUGACCUCGGAGAUUCGAAUUGGAUGACGCAUAAGCCCAUACACACCAGACAACACUCGGAAGACACACACCGCCGCCGGCCACACACAGUCGUUACGCAAAUUUUCGGCAAAUGCGCAUACUCCGAAUUCCGAUCUUCUCCUUCUCCCGCGUCUCCUUUGACCGGGUGA